AGAUACUGUCAGACGGGUGUUCGCUGGGCCAGAGUGAGGGUGGGGGGAAAACCCGCCACCGCCAGGAUCUUGGGUGGUGGCAGAGGUGUUCCCAGCCCGCCCCCGGCUCCAGAGGUUUAAAAGUACCAGAGAGGUAGGGGGCAGAUGUGGAGACCUGAAAGGAGGAACGAGCCAGCUUCGGUUGCAGCCCUCUUGCACAACGGCCAUUAGGACGUCUGCAGGCCAAGAGCCUGCUGGUCACAGCGUCACCCAAGGGCGUCCAAACCCAGAGACCCGCCAACGGACGACGACCCGGGGACACUCCUACGGACGCACCCUCCAGUGUAUGCUCUCAGAGAUAUUCGUGCUUCUUUGACCUUUAUUUGAAGGAGAUAGACUGCUUUCACCUGAGUCUGCAAGAUUGCGAGGAGUUGGGCAGAUUACAAGUCGAUUUCACUGUAGAGAUCUGUUGAAGUCAAAAUGUCCCCAAAAAUCCAUGGUGGUUCUGUGGUAGAGAUGCAAGGAGAUGAAAUGACUCGAGUCAUUUGGGAACUAAUUAAAGAAAAACUCAUUUUCCCGUAUGUGGAGUUGGACCUGCACAGCUAUGAUUUAGGCAUAGAGAAUCGUGAUGCCACCAACGACCAGGUCACCAAGGAUGCUGCAGAAGCUGUAAAGAAAUAUAACGUUGGCAUCAAGUGUGCUACUAUCACCCCUGAUGAAAAGAGGGUUGAGGAGUUCAAGUUGAAACAAAUGUGGAAAUCGCCAAAUGGCACCAUCCGAAAUAUUCUGGGUGGCACUGUCUUCAGGGAAGCUAUCAUCUGCAAAAAUAUCCCCCGGCUUGUGAGUGGAUGGGUAAAGCCUAUCAUCAUAGGUCGCCAUGCUUAUGGUGAUCAAUACAGAGCAACCGAUUUUGUUGUUCCUGGACCUGGAAAAGUAGAGAUAACCUACACGCCAAGUGAUGGAGCCCAAAAGGUGACAUACUUGGUACAUGAUUUUGAAGACGGUGGUGGUGUUGCCAUGGGGAUGUACAAUCAAGAUAAAUCCAUUGAAGAUUUUGCACAUAGUUCUUUCCAGAUGGCUCUGGCUAAGGGUUGGCCUUUGUAUCUGAGCACCAAAAACACUAUUCUGAAGAAAUAUGAUGGACGUUUUAAAGACAUCUUUCAGGAGAUAUAUGACAAGCAGUACAAAUCCCAAUUUGAAGCCCAAAAUAUCUGGUAUGAACAUAGGCUCAUCGAUGACAUGGUGGCCCAAGCUAUGAAAUCAGAAGGUGGCUUCAUCUGGGCCUGUAAGAACUAUGAUGGCGACGUGCAGUCGGACUCCAUAGCCCAAGGUUAUGGCUCCCUUGGUUUGAUGACCAGUGUGCUGAUCUGUCCAGAUGGCAAGACAGUAGAAGCGGAGGCUGCUCAUGGGACUGUCACUCGUCACUACCGCCUGUACCAACAAGGACGGGAGACAUCCACCAAUCCCAUUGCUUCCAUUUUUGCCUGGACCAGAGGGUUAGCCCAUAGAGCUAAGCUUGAUAACAACAAAGAGCUCAGUUUCUUUGCACAGGCUUUGGAAGAAGUCUGUAUUGAGACCAUUGAGGCUGGCUUCCUCACCAAGGACUUGGCUGCUUGCAUUAAAGGUUUACCCAACGUGCAACGAUCUGACUACUUGAAUACCUUUGAGUUCAUGGACAAACUCGAAGAAAACUUGAAGAUAAAGUUAGCUCACGUCAAACUUUAAGAUUAUACCUUAUCUUAGGAGCCUAAGGGUUUUUUAUUUUUUUUUGUAACUAGGUCCAUUGGUUUACAUUUUUCUGUAUAGCGCUCAAAGGUAAAAACAAAAUCAAUUUUGUAAUUUGUUUAGAAACCAGAAAUUAUCUUUUCUAUACAUUUACAGUUUUUUCUUCUUAUACCUACAGUUACUGCCACCUUCAUGAACUUGGCAGGAGACUUUGUUUUACAGGCAGUCCCCACGUUAUGAACGUCCAAUUUACGUACAACCCGUAGUUACGAACCAACCCCCAUAAAGCCUAUUAUAUUAAAAAUUCGAGGUAUAUACAGUGAUUCAUAAUAACCAACAAUGUGUAUCAAAACAUUAUUAUCACUGUAUUAUGUUAAAGAUGUUUUCAUGUAUCUGGAUGUGUUUCUUUAAUGUUUUUUAUGCAUAGCGAGGUACACUAUAUACUAAGAUAAACAUUUGACUGACAUUAGAUACGAAUCAUACUUAACUGUUUCGACUUCCGUACAAAUUUGACUUAAAAGACAGAGUUAGGAACUGAUCUCGUUCCAUAAUCCAGGGUCUGCCUGUACUUUAUUUUCUAGUAGCAGCCUAGGAAUUACUUUAGUACUCAUUGUACUUACUGUCACUUUUUCUCAUGUUCAGAAAUAAAUGACCAAAAUCAAGAGUGCUUGAAAGGGUAAACUAGAGCCACACUAUUGUUCUCUUCUAAAUUUACUCUCCUCCCCGCAUCCAUGGCCUGGGGCACUGGGUGGUUUUGGUGAUACUGAUGCCCUAUUUUGUGAGAUGGAGCUGUACAUUGAACUUGUGUGUGAUGUGGGACAAAGAACAUGAGUGUAACUAAAAUGUUCGGCAGUCAUUUUUGGAAAGAACUUUGUUGAAUGUUUUGAAGAUGCUGAAUACUUUUGAGGACACAGGAGAGUUUGGAAUGCAGAAUAAAUACUACCUGGAGAUUUGUCCUCUGUCCUGUCUCGCCUCGUCUUGUGUGGCCUGAGUAUUAUGCUGCCCUAAAUACAUUUUUCAUCCAAGUGCAAUAAUACAAGCUGCAUCUUUUUUGGACUUCUGCUGGCUUGUUUUCUUUCUUUUAUAUAAAUGUGAUUUUUCAGAAGUUAAUGUUCAACACUAUUCUAGUCAUGUUCCUCUCCUGAACUGUUAAUUUUAAAUAAUAUUAAAUGCUAAUGACUAUUCUGAGUCUUGUUGUUUUUUUUUUUAAUUUCUUGAGUGCACUUUAGAUGCUAGGCACUAUGCUAGGUCCUAGCCAAUGAGUUUCACUUUAAAAAGUCUCUGCCCUAAAGAAGUUUACUGUGAGGGAAUGGAUAGGUAAACCGACUUAAGACGUGGACCACAAUGAAAGUGAAAGAAGACCAAAGUUAGAACUAAAGGAGUAUUAUUAGAGAAUAUGCACAUGCUAAGGAGUUUAGACAUUACCCUAUCAGUUAAUGGGGGGCUAAUGAAGGCUUUUAAGGAAGGGGAGACAUGAUCAUGUUUGCGUUUUAAAAAUAGUACAGUGGCAGUAAA